AUGCCAAUUGGUGAGACAAUUGUCAUCACGUGGUUGCAAUUGUCCAAGUCCGCUUUCCUUUUUUCCAGAUACGGCAUCGACCUAAACGGCGCGCGUCGGAAAAACGCGACGCGGGAAACAACGUCAACCCUUAAGGCGUGGCUGAACGAGCACAAGAAGAACCCCUACCCGACCAAGGGCGAGAAGAUCAUGUUGGCCAUCAUCACCAAGAUGACCCACCAGGUCUCCACCUGGUUCGCCAACGCCCGCAGGAGGCUCAAGAAGGAGAACAAGAUGACCUGGGAGCCAAGGAAUAGAGUGGAAGACGAGGAUAACAACAACGAUGAUAAUAGCGGGAGGAAGAGCGCGGAUCCUAAGGAUAAUUUAGACUCGAAAGACAGCGGCACGGGCAGCAGUGAAGACGGCGACCGCCCCUCGUCACGGCGCGGCCUCGACCUCGGGGGCGGCGGAGGUGGCCCAGGGGGCGGAGGCAGCGAAUGGAGCAGUGGAUCCCGACCCGAGUCACCCGAAUGCCUCCAGCACUUCCUGCACCACCACCCCGCCUACCCGGUCCCCACCGCCCCCGGGGGCAGCAGUGGCAUCGUCAAGCCCCGCAUCUGGUCGCUGGCCGAUAUGGCAGCCAGUAAAGACACCGACAGGAGUCAAGUAGUGGCCGCCAAUAGACUGGUGUCACCUCUCCUACAUCCCGGAUACUACAGAGGGUUCUACCAUCCGUUGCCGCCUGGCCAGGAGCAGAUAUUGUUUCCAGGCGCACCAACCUCAGUAGCCGCAGUGGUAGCAGCCGCAGCUGCAGCCGGCGUCCAAUCACAACACAGCGUCGCGACGCCACUCGGUCUCAACGUAGCAACGGGAGCGUCGUCAUCUUCAUCAUCCUCGUCAACGGAACGCGAAACCGCCAAGACCGCUUCAACCGCCGCGUCGGAGCAUCGCGCCUGACAGCUGGUCACUGUGCCGCGAUAAACGUUAGUCGAUAAUCGAAGUCGAUAGUUCGAUGGUCGAUGGACAAUACACGGGCAAUCAAUAUUCGGAAGUUGAUAGUUCGAUAGUCGAAGGACAAUUAACGGGCAAUCGAUAGUCAGGAGUCGACAAUUGAUAGUUAAGGGACAAU